GCGGGGGUGGAGCCUGCUGCGGGUCACGGAGGCGGGUCCUGCGCGGGCGGGGUCGCUGGCUGUUUCCUUUUGCUUCCCUUCCGGGGCGGUGUAAGCGAGGAGAGGCCUGGUGGAGCCAGAGGAGGGCAGCGCCGCACUCGCCACCCGUUGCUUCGGACAUCCGCGCGGCCCUCCGGGACAGGACCAUGGACACGCUGGGCAGGAAAGUGGUCGUUUGCGACAACGGCACCGGGUUUGUGAAAUGUGGGUACGCAGGAUCCAAUUUUCCAGAACACAUCUUCCCAGCUUUAGUUGGAAGACCAAUUAUUCGCUCAACUGCCAAAGUGGGAAAUAUUGAAAUCAAGGAUCUUAUGGUUGGCGAUGAAGCAAGUGAGCUGAGGUCAAUGUUGGAAGUUAACUACCCCAUGGAGAAUGGCAUUGUCCGGAACUGGGAUGAUAUGAAACAUCUUUGGGACUACACCUUUGGACCAGAAAAACUUAACAUUGACACAAAAAACUGUAAAAUACUUCUCACAGAACCGCCUAUGAAUCCAACAAAGAACAGGGAGAAGAUUGUGGAGGUGAUGUUUGAAACCUACCAGUUUUCCGGGGUCUAUGUAGCCAUUCAAGCAGUUCUCACUCUGUAUGCACAAGGUUUACUGACUGGUGUUGUUGUGGAUUCUGGAGAUGGUGUUACUCACAUUUGUCCAGUCUAUGAAGGCUUUUCUCUUCCUCAUCUCACCAGAAGACUAGAUAUUGCUGGUAGAGAUAUUACCAGAUACCUCAUCAAGCUGCUUUUACUACGAGGAUAUGCCUUCAACCAUUCCGCUGAUUUUGAGACAGUUCGUAUGAUUAAAGAAAAGCUCUGCUAUGUGGGCUACAACAUUGAGCAGGAGCAGAAACUGGCCUUGGAAACUACUGUGUUAGUUGAGUCCUACACGCUCCCAGAUGGCAGAAUUAUUAAAGUUGGUGGUGAAAGGUUUGAGGCACCAGAAGCUCUGUUCCAGCCUCACUUGAUCAAUGUGGAGGGAGUUGGUGUUGCUGAGUUGCUGUUCAACACCAUCCAAGCUGCUGAUAUUGACACCAGGUCUGAGUUCUAUAAGCACAUUGUGUUAUCUGGAGGUUCCACUAUGUACCCAGGGCUGCCUUCACGACUGGAACGUGAACUUAAACAACUUUACCUGGAACGGGUCCUGAAAGGUGAUGUGGAGAAACUUUCAAAAUUUAAGAUUCGUAUUGAAGAUCCACCUCGUCGAAAGCACAUGGUAUUCCUAGGAGGUGCAGUUCUAGCAGACAUCAUGAAAGACAAAGACAACUUCUGGAUGACCAGACAAGAAUACCAAGAGAAGGGAGUGCGUGUGCUUGAGAAGCUUGGUGUGACUGUUAGAUAGACUCCAAAGCUUACUCCCAUCAUAGCUCCAUUGCUCGCAUUCCUUUAUUGCCAAUCUUUGAACUCAUUCAGCUACGUGACAUUGAAAGGCCUUUCUGUGCCCUCUGACCCAAGGGCCAGGUUCUGGUUCCUUUUGUUAGUUAUUUUAUAAUGUGGCUAUUUUUGACUACUUAAUUGGACCACUUCUCUGCAAACAAAACAAGGGCAAGAGUGGCCUGUCAGCCACAUUGUUCCUUCCCAGUAGGCAGUUGGGUAAUUCCAGUAGUUUUUCUUGGUUUAUUGCUAUAAUGCUGUUGGCAUUUGUCUGUAGCUCAUCAUGGAUGGAACUCUGUUAGCAUGAGAGAACCUUUGGACAACAGCUCUUGUAAUGGUUGUAGUGGUUUAUCUUUGCAUCCUUCUGCCUUUAUCCUAUGCUGUCCGUUGUCUAUAUAUCGUAAGAACUCUGAAAUCAGUGUCUUUACAUCUUGCUUUAAGAACUCUGAAAUUGGGUCAAACUGCAAACUAUUUUGGGUUCCAAAAACAUAAGGCACCUGAAAUUAAGUCACAUGGAAAUUGACCAUGAAUCCUUUAACUAGAUGGCAAAGUUAUGGGGACACUUUUUAUAUUGCAUUUCCUAAAAAAGCAGCAAUUUGUGUGGUUGUUGCAAAUUUAUUAUCCAAACCUCUUGCAUUUUUCUCUCUCAAAUGUAUUUUUCCAGCUUUAUGAAUAUGGCACUAGAUAGUUGUUUUCUCCUAUGGAAUGCGCACAGAAGUUCUUCCAAUAUUUUUUUCCUUUUUUGUUUCGGUACCAUGAUAUCGUCUUUCAUUACCAUUGGGCUUAAAAGUUUUUUUUAAUAAUAAUAAAAAGGGGCAAGAUUGGAAUGUCAUCUGGGACUGGAUUCCCAGAUAUAAUUAUUGAAAGUAAUAUGUUAAAAAAAAGUCUGAACUUUAAUUACUGGUACAAAACUACAAAAAGCUGAAUUGUAUUAAAUUUGAACACAUAGAAACUCAGUGCCAAGUAAUUACUGCUUUUUAAAAAAUAUAUAAUUGUUAAAUGUUAUUUAAAAUCACCCAGAUAUUUAUAUAUGGAACUGUGAGUAGGUUGUGAAGAAUGACCUAUAUUUGUAGCGGUUUAAAAAAAAUCUUGGAAUGUUGGCCUUGUAGUUAACUGGUAAAUAUGCAAAAUUUACCUGUCUAAUCUUGACUCUGGGACAAAAUGAAAUAAAAUUUGAAUAUUUGAAAUACUGUUUCAUUAAAGACAAAUGUGCCAUUGAAAAAAA